UUUUUUAUUUUUAUUUUUUUUAUUUCAUGCGGUGACACUGGUCCGUCUGCACUCAGCUGCUUCUGGUUCUGUGUUAAUAAUAAGAACAAUAAAGAAAAGAGAAGGGAAAGAACAGCUGCUGCAUGGUUCCUCCCCGCAGCAUCCUCCGCUCAGCGUCCGGCGUCGCCUAACAUGAUCCCUGGAUCCGCCGCAUCCAUGUUGCCGUCCGCGGAAGCCGCCAAGCUGUACCAGACCAACUACGUCCGCAACUCCCGCGUCAUCGGACUGCUGUGGGCCAUCUUCACCAUCCUCUUCGGCAUGGUGAACGUGACCAUCUUCUCGCAGCCCUAUUGGAUCGGGGACGGCGUGGACACCCCGCAGGCCGGCUACUUCGGCCUCUUCCACUACUGCGUCGGGGACGGACACUCCAGAGACCUGGUCUGCCAGGGCAGCUUCACCGAGUUCUCCGCCAUCCCCUCCGGCGCCUUCAAGGCCGCCUCCUUCUUCAUCGGAAUGUCCAUGAUGCUGGUGGUCACCUGCAUCGGCUGCUUCAGCCUCUUCUUCCUCCUCAGCACCUCCACCGUCUACAAGAUCUGCGGCUGGAUGCAGGCGGCGUCAGGUGUCUGUCUCGUCCUGGGCUGCAUGAUCUACCCUGACGGCUGGGACAGCGACGAGGUCCGAAAAAUGUGCGGCGAGCAAACGGACAAAUACAGCCUGGGCGCCUGCUCAGUGCGCUGGGCUUACAUCUUGGCCAUCAUGGGCAUCCUGGACGCCCUCAUCCUGUCCUUCUUGGCCUUUGUUCUGGGGAACCGACAGGAUGGGCUAAUGACAGAGGAGCUGCUGGCUGAAAGCAAGGGUGAGGAUGGGCUAACUGAUCUGAUAACGUGGCAUUUUGUUCGUCUCUUAUGGCAAUCUCUGAGCCAGUUUUAGAGCGAUUCCAAGAAAAUAAGGCAAUGAAUGGACAAAGCCAACUAUUUAAAGGUCAAGGAUAUGAGGAUAAAAUACUAAGUUCAUUUAAAGUUAAAGAAGAAAAACAAAAAGAGGCAACACUGACUGCAGAGCAGGAAGUCCUACUGUAGCCACACCCACAUGCAACAGUGAUUGAAGUAACACUUAUCUAUCUAUCUAUCUAUCUAU